UCCUUCAGGAGCUCAGUUCGAAUUUCGAAUUUUCAAAUUUGAAUUUGAAACGCGUUGUUUUUUUACAACUUGCCAGUGUUCGGAUUGUCUAUUGAUAUUCGCGUAUUUUUCAAAGCCACCAUGGUCCCCAACACAGCCCUCCUGCUCAUCAUCGUGGCUCUCUCGUCAGUCGCCGCCCAGACCUUCCAGUACUCCCGAGGCUGGACCAACGGCAAGCGGGAUGGCCACAAGAGGGAAGAGGUCAGGGACGUGGCCAGCAGCCUUGAGAGGAUCCUGAGCCCGUGCCAGGUUAACAAGCUGAAGUAUGUGCUGGAGGGAAAGCCACUGAGUGAGAGGUUCUUCGGGCCCUGCGACUACUUCGAAGAAGACAUGGACAAUCAGUCGAAGAGGUACAAAGAACGUAGCCAGGACCCCCUGUUCGAUGCCUUCCAGUGAACCAGGAUCUGAAAGAAAAUGUGCCAGUGUUUGAUAUUUACACGUUUUUCGGU